CCCCCUUCGCCCUAUAGCAAAAACACCACCGAUUUCUUUUCUUUUUCCCACGUAAUGACUCGAGCUCUUUUUCCACACACACACACACACACACAAUUACACACAAUUACACAUUAACCCACUCAACAAAAUUACACACCAUCUGUACAUAAGAAAAACAACGAAUCUGCAAUUCUUAUACACUGGAUCCGAGGAUCUGGCACCAACAACCACCGUAUUUCGAAUAUAACAGAAAUGAUAGUUGACGGUUGUGUUAUCUUUCUCUGUGUCACAUUCGCGAUAAUAUAUGCGUAUCAUAAUAAGGUUUGAAGUCCAGAUGCGUACCAAAAGCAUAAAAGGGAAGCUGCUGCACUCCUUUGUCUCUCUUCCUCUUUCUUUUUCUUCUCUUAACCACUCCAUUUGCCUGUCUCUCUCUCUCUCUCUCUCUCUCUCUCUCUCUCUCUCUGUUUUCCAGUCAUGGAUGUUGUUUACUCGGACGAUUGCUUGCUUCACGAUCCCCCAUUCGAAGUAACCCGAGGCUCUGUCAAGCCGUACGUCGAGUCGCCUGCACGACUGCAAUCGAUCAAAAAGUUUCUCGACACACGCCCCGAUCAAUUCAACGUUGUGAGCCCGCGGGACUACUCCUUGACACCCAUUCUUAACGUGCACAAGCAAGAUUACAUCAAGUUCCUGCACACCAUCUACGAUGAUUGGGUAGCAGAAGGCUUGCCUGCCGAAGCAGUGACAGGCGAAUGUUUCGUACACCGCAACGCUCUCGGCAAGAUCGACCCAGAAAUUGUCAAGGAAACGGCUUUAAAGACCCCAUCUGCGCGUGUUGGCCUGUAUUCCUAUGACAUGUCGGUUGCAUACACUUCAAAGACGUGGCAGGCGACUUAUACAGCUGCACAGAUUGCCAUGUCAGGUGCACACAGAUUGCUUCAAGUUGCUACUGCCGCUUCAACGACCACUUCCUCUUCUUCUGCUACCUAUGCUGUCUGUCGUCCUCCAGGACAUCAUGCCAAUUCAUGUGUUAGCGGUGGCUACUGCUUUGUCAACAACGCAUCUGUGGCUGCAAAGUUCCUCCAGGAUUAUACGCUAGAAGAAAUGGAUGCCAUGAGCAAGCCGCUUGAAUUCAACCCAAAGUCGUCUGCUGAACCUAGCGGACCCAAGCCCAAAUCUGACAAACCUCAAAAGAAGAUCAUGAUCGUGGACAUUGACUAUCAUCAUGGCAACGGUACUCAAGAUAUCUUUUACAAUGAUCCAUCGGUGUUGUAUAUUUCACUGCACGGUUAUCCGGAUUAUCCUUUCUUUACUGGCAGCACCAAAGAAGUCGGUCUCGGUGAAGGCGAAGGCUACAAUAUCAAUAUCCCUUUGAAUCCCAACACGACAACCGACGAAAUUUAUCUAAACCAUUUGACCCAAGUACUCGAGGGUGAGACGGCCCAGAAAUUCAACGCUGACAUUGUCAUCAUUUCAAUGGGACUCGAUACUUGGCAUGAAGAUCCCAUUGCUGGCAUGAAGGGGCUUAAAGAUAUCAACACAUAUCAUAAGAUGGGAAACUUGUUCAAGACGUCCAAGAGCUGCGCUGGUCGCCCGGUGUUGUUCAUCCAGGAAGGUGGUUAUACUUACGAAAUGUUGGGCCAGUUGGCAGGUCGUGUCUUGCAGGGUUAUUUGGAUUAACUUUGCAUAUUUAAAUAAGUUGGAUGAAUGUGUGCAGAUACUUGUUUUAUAAAGUUUAUGUAUAUGCUAGCUUUGUUACUGAUUAAUGGAAUAUUGAAGGGGCUGUCGUCGUCGUCGAGGGGUAGGACGACAGGAAAAUAUAUACCCACAGAGAGGGUGCAGGAGUCUCUCGUCAGUAUUUAGCUAAUAAUGAUAUAUUGGUUUGAAAGAAUAGAGAGAGAAAACGUCGUGUACAGUAUGCUAUUCUUCGCUUUUG